AUGCGAGGUGCGUCGCCCCUCGCCGCGCGCACCGCACCCACUCUACCCGCCCAUCACCGCCCCGCUCCCCCCAACCACGCGUGCGUGCUUCGCCAGGACUCGACGCUACGAGUCGAAGCGCGAAAAGCGAAGCGCGUGGAGAUCGCUGGCCGUGGGCCCGCCAUGAGUCGGUCGCGCGCGGCGGCAGUGGCGUUGGCCAAGUGGGCAGUGGCGGCAAGAGCGUCCGUGAAAGGCGGGUUGGCAAACCUUGUCACCAAAACCCCCCCUUCCCGCACCAAGCGUGGGAUGACGGCGCUGGGUGCUGCCAUCGCAUGCCCAUGCACCAAACCCGACCUCGCACCUUCCUCUACCCUCCUUUCCCUCCCUCCUCCCCCUUCCUCUCCCCCCACUCUCUCUUUCCUUUCCCCCUUCUCUCCCGCUCCCUUCACCCCCUUUACUCCUCUUUUCACCCUCCUGUCCCCCUCCUGUCCCCCUCCUGUCCCACUCCUAUCCACCUCCCUCCCGUCCCUCUCGUCUCCCUUUGCUUCCCUCUCCUUUCCCUUUCUUUUGCCCUCAUUUCGGCCGCCCCUUCCUAACGCCCUCCUCUUUCCUUCUUUCGCAUCCUAUCACUCUCCUUUCCUCUCCACUUCCCCCCUUUUCUCCCUCCGUUCCCCCUUCUUUCCCCCUCCCCUCCUUGCCCCCUCCUUCAUCUUCUAUUUCCUCCAUUUCCCCUCCUUUCCCCUUCCUGUCACCCUCCUAUCCACCUCCCGUCCCCCUAUUUUCUUCUCAUUUCCCCCUCCACGCCCCCUGCUUUCCUUCUCCUGUUCCCCUCCUGUCCCCCUCCGUCCAACCACCUUCCCCUCAGUUCCCCAUCUUCCUCCAAACCCCCUCCUAUUCGCCUGCCUGUCCCCUGCUUUCACUUCUCACUACUUCUUUUCCUCCAUUCCCUCUCCCCUCCCCCUCCCAUUCCCCCGUCCACUCCCCUCAUUCCCCUUCCCCCCUCGUUUUACGCUCCUUCCGCCUCAUUUACCCUGCCCACUUCAAUCCUUUUCCUAUUCCACUGCCCUUCUCCUCCGUUCACGCUCACUUUCUUCUUUCCCCCUUCCCCCCUUUCCCACUCCUUUCCCCAUCCUGUACCCCCUCCUUUCCCACUCCUUUCCCCAUCCUUUCCCCAUCCUUUCCCCCUCCUUCCACCCUCCUUUCCCCCCCCUUUCCCCCUGCCGUGCCCCGUCUGUCGCCCUCCUCCACCCGUGCUGCCCCCCGCCUGCCGCACGCCUUCUCCCGGGUGCGUGCUUGGGGCAGGCAGAGGGGGCUGCAGGCGCCAGGGAGCAGCGCCAUGCAGGGGAGGCCAUGGGCGGCCAUGCACGCAGGCGUGGGCUCAACGGGGCUCUCCACUCGCCCUGCCUCCACACGCGCUGCUCAUCCGCCCCUCCUCCCCGCCUGCUGCCCUCUCCUCCCCCCCCUUUUGCUCCUCGCCACACCCCUCCCCGCGCUGCGCCAUCCACUCGCCCACCUCACCCUCCACCUCAACGGCUUGCCUGA